CUACGCAUGUAAAAUCUAUAAAAGUAUGAGUUUAACUUUCGUUUUUCUUUUCAGUUUCAUUGGGUGAAAAGUGCUGAACAACCUGUUUAAGCAUGGCUGUGCGUGAUCUUCAGAUUGAAAGAAAAUGCUCGUAAAGGAGUAUCGCAUCCCGUUACCCCUCACUGUUGAGGAGUAUCGAAUAGCCCAGCUGUAUAUGAUAGCGAAAAAAAGUCAACAAGAAAGCAAAGGUGCUGGAAGUGGUGUCGAAAUCCUUGUGAAUGAGCCAUACAAUGAUGGUCCUGGUGGCUGUGGGCAAUAUACUCACAAAGUGUAUCAUGUUGGAAGCCAUCUCCCAGGUUGGUUUAAAGCUCUUUUACCAAAAUCAGCUUUGAUAGUUGAAGAAGAAGCUUGGAAUGCAUACCCAUAUACUAAAACACGCUACACAUCCCCAUUUGUUGAGAAAUUCUUUCUUGAAAUAGAAACUAAAUACUUCGGAGAUGCUGGCCAACAGGAUAAUGUGUUCAGUCUGAGUUCCAGUGAUUUAAGGAAUCGUACUGUUGAUCUUAUAGAUGUAGUUAAGGAUCAACUGUAUGGUUCAGAUUAUAGCCAAGAAGAAGACCCAAAACUAUUUUCAUCUUCCAAAACUAAUCGAGGGCCUCUUGAGGAUGAAUGGCUUGAAGAGUUACGUGUCAAGAACUUACCUGAAGGGAAAGCAGUCAUGUGUGCUUAUAAGUUAUGUCGGGUGGAAUUCAGAUAUUGGGGCAUGCAAACGAAAAUUGAAAAAUUCAUCCAUGAUGUUGCUCUACGAAAGACAAUGGUUCGAGCACAUAGACAGGCAUGGGCAUGGCAGGAUGAAUGGCAUGGACUCACUAUGGAAGACAUCCGCCGCCUGGAAAAGGAAACUCAGGAAGCACUCGCUAAAAAGAUGAAGAAUGAAGAGGAAACUCAGCCUUCGGUUCAUCCUAGUCCUUCUGCUUUGUCUGGUCAAGAAGUUGACCUUACUGCAAUCGAUAAGGACAACGAUGUAUGUGUACGUUUGGAUGGUAGUCCUUCUCCAAACAGACCACGUAAACCCAGGAAUCUUUCAGUUGGAAAUGUUAGUGCAGAAAUUGCUGCUGAUGAUGGGCGACAGAAAUUGUGGUCCAGGAGUGGCUCUAGAACAGCUCUAUGUUCACCCAGUAUGUUAUCAGUUUUCUUUUGCUUAACACAUUUAGUUCAGUAUAUGUUGCUAGUAGAUUUAAGUCCUUACAGUUUUCAGUCAUCUCCUUCAGCUGUAGAAGUGAUUUAUCAUUCGUAUGAUUCCAUUCCACUUGGAGCAUUACCACUUUUUGCUAUAUCUUCACCAGAAUAUCAGGAAACAGUGACAGCUGUAAUAAAUGCCGCAAAUGAAGUGUACAAGGAAUUUUUACAGUCAGAAGAUGGAACAGGAUUUAAUGGCCAAGUGAUUUUUGUGGCCGACAGCGUUGCAUCUUUGAUGGCCUAUGAUGCUCUAUGCCGCAGUGCUCGUUACGAAGGCAGAUGUGGCAGUGAAACCAGUAUCAAUGAGCCAGAGAAUGUUCCAGUACCUGUCACUCGAUCAAAUCCCUUGAUAUCAAUAAGUGAUGGUGGCUCAAUAGAUGAUACUGCUGACACUGGUUUUGAUCUUAAACCUCGUAGCCAAGCAUCCAGAAUAUAUAGGAAAUCCCAUUCUCAUCCGCAAGAAUCUGAACCUCCUCAUUGUGAUAACGUUCAGGUGAACCGCUUGCUGUCUGCUCCCAACACCAGACGGCAUAGCUCAGCUUCAAAUGAUCCGGGAUCUCAUUCAAAACUAGAUUUUGAAGUGAGUGACUUCUUCAUGUUUGGUAGUCCUCUAGGAACUGUUCUUGCUUACAGAAAAAUGCUCACAUUUGAUGAUAAAAACAGCCCACCUCUUCGACCGUCCUGCACUCAAGUAUACAAUUUGUUUCAUCCAACCAAUCCUUGUGCAUCACGUAUUGAGCCCCUCCUCAGUGCCCGAUUUGCCCAACUUUGUCCUAUUAACAUUCCUAGGUACCAGAAGUAUCCCUUGGGUGAUGGACAGCCCCUUCAUCUUUUGGAAUAUAUUCAGACCUAUCCACAUCUUUUUUCUGAAGGACACAAUGCAAGACGGACAAGUGAGGCUAGUAUUGCAAGUACAAUGUCCGGAAUGAUUGAUAUGGUACCCAUCACUACGGUUGCAUCAUUGACUCAAAGGUGGUGGGGUCCAAAACGUCUUGAUUAUGCGCUGUAUUGUCCUGAAGGCCUAUCGAAUUUUCCUACCAAUGCACUUCCUCAUCUGUUUCAUGCGAGUUAUUGGGAAUCUAAUGAUGUUAUAGCAUUCAUUUUGCGACAGCUGAUGAGGUCUGAUAGUCUCAAUCUACCUGGUGAGACAGAGAAAGAUGUUGCGACAUUCAUUCCAACUCAGCCGCGUGAAAAAUGGUUGAAAAAACGAACUUCUGUGAAACUUAAGAAUGUGACUGCAAAUCAUAGAGCGAAUGAUGUAAUAGUAAAAGAUGGUAUGUCUCAAGUCAUUUCUGCACGUUUUAUGUAUGGACCACUCGAUAUGGUUGCACUAACUGGUGAAAAGGUAGAUAUCCAUGUUAUGAAGGACCAAAGACGUGGAGAAUGGACCUAUUUAGCGACAGAAGUAACAGAUAAAAAUGGUCGAUUGUCUUAUUCAGUACCAAAGGAUAAAGCUUUGGGAUAUGGCAUGUUUCCUGUAAAAUUAGUUGUUCGGGGAGACCACACAUCUUUGGACUUUUUUCUUACUGUUAUUCCACCUAAAACAGAAUGCGUUGUCUUCAGUAUUGAUGGAUCUUUUACUGCAAGUGUUUCUGUAACAGGAAAGGAUCCAAAAGUUAGAGCUGGUGCAGUUGAUGUUGUUAGGCAUUGGCAAGACCUUGGGUACUUAAUCAUCUAUAUCACUGGACGUCCUGAUAUGCAACAACGUCGAGUCAUGUCUUGGCUGUCUCAACAUAAUUUCCCAUUGGGCUUAGUUUAUUUUGCCGAAGGCUUUUCUACUGAUCCCCUUAGGCACAAAGGAGAAUAUCUCAAACGUUUGCAAAAUGAGGCUGAAAUAAUUGUUCAUUGUGGUUAUGGCUCAAGCAAAGAUAUAUCUGUGUAUUCUUCUAUUGGUCUUAGAGCAGAUCAAAUUUAUGUAGUUGGCAAAGCUUCGAAAAAACAACAUUUAGCAGCUAAGAUCUUAACCGAUGGAUAUGCUGCUCAUCUGUCAGAUCUCAAAGCCCCUGGAGCUUCAAGACCUGCCCAAGGUAAUGCACGUAUGAUUCUCUUCCGUGGUUGCUUUGGUUUACCUGGGCAGACAGGUUCAACUUUAAGGCAGCGGCGCUCAGCAAAGAGGACUACUUCUUUUCCACUUUCUGGACAAAGCCAGGAACAUCGCUCAGCAGUAGAAAGAGUUAGUGAGUCAAGCAAAGGGACAGACAGUAACAGGCAAUAAUUCCCAAAUCAAAAAUCACUAUUGAUUUUUAUCUUUUGCGCAUCAUAAAGUAUUUUUUGCGCUAUUUUUUUAAUUGUAUACACUCAGUCAUCCUUUGUAUAUAUGCAAUAUAUAAGCAAUGCACAUGGGUUGUUGUAGAGCAAAGCAAUUUUAAAAACUACUGCUUACCCAAAGAUUGUUGUCAAAUUUCAUAAUGGUUCCUGACAUAUGCAAUGCUCUUUAAUUACCAUGUUCACCUAGUCAUAUUAAUUCCUGUCACAGUCCAGAUUAUCAUAUGUGUAUAUACGGAUGUAAAAUUUGUAAAUAUAUGCUUGUAAAAUGAAUGUUGGAAAUGUGUGUCAAAUAUUUUCUCCCGAAGACCAAAUGUUUAUUAAAUGUUGAAUUUCAAUCAUCGUCACUGGCUUCUAUAUGCAAGACACUUGCUACUUUUUAUACAGUACAGUACUUUGUAGUAUAUUUUUGUGUAUUUACUUCAGGUUCAAGGAUCAUGU